AUGGCGUCGCCUUUGGUAUCCAAAGCUCCGCAAUGCAUGUCUUGCAUUCGACGCAUGACGUCUAGCUUUGGGGAUGCCUUUCACUUUCCAGCUAGACAGCAAGCUCGAGGCAAGAAGAAGCUUGCAAGCGCGAAGAUCCAGACUGUCAAGGUCCAUCUGCUUCAAAAUAUCCCUGGCUAUGGCAGAAGAGGCGCUGUCAUCCCUGUGACUUCAGGAGUAAUGCGCAAUAUCUGGUAUCCCAAGAAGAUGGCGGAGUAUUUGACCAUGGAGAAGCUUCAGAACCUGGGGCUGAAGAAGGAUUCUGUUGUGGAGCGAGACUCUACAUUUCAGACCAGGGCAGUAAGGAAGCUGGAGAAGAAGCAGGAGAAGCAGACACAAGAACGACCGGAGGAGCCGAUUGUCAGAAUGACAGAAGAACAACCUAGCGAGCCAAUUCCCCAGUUCGAGCUGGACCUACUCAGCCCUGAACAAGCAACUACUAUCCUCGAGAACCUCCUACCAUCGAGUUUGGAUUUCUACCGUACCCCUAUCUCAUUACCAACACCCAAGAGAGUAUCUCCCUCUAUACCUGCAUCCUCAGCAAUCUCUGCAGCAGCUGAAGGAAACAAGCCAGGGCCGGGCAGAACAGAGAAGCGGGGCAUAUAUGGCUCUGUAUCAACGAGUGACAUUGCUGCCAAUCUCAAAGCUAUCCUAGCAGAGGACGAGGAAGGAAUACGAGUCGUUCUAUCCCACGAGAAUAUCUCCUUUGUGGAAGAGACGGAGGACAGAGACCGGGUCAAGCACCUCGGUGUUUUCGAUAUAGAUAUUAGACUCGAGGGAGCGCCAGAAUCCGUACGGAGGACGAUUCAAGUCAGUGCCCAGGAUUGA